UUUGCGCGAUUAGAGCAUGCCAAAGGUCUAACUGUUUUUUAAUUCCUGAGAACAAACUAAAAAUCGCCUUUUUACACUGGCCGGCCAUUUGGUUUUCUACCUGUUCCAUUUCACCUUCACCUUUUCACGUAGCGUUCCAAGCUACGUAGUAUAUAAACACCAGCCUUCAGCACCACCCGCGGCUCCAAGUCCAAACCCGCAACGCUCCACAAACAGGUACGAUUACGAGAGGCGGAGACGAUAUGCUGCUGCAAAGGCGCGGCCUCCUCUGCUGCGGGUGCGGGGGCAGCGCCGCCGCCGUGGCCGCCGGUGGCCGAGGAGGCUUCGGGGACACUGCUGAUCGGCCCGGCACAAAGGACCCAGCCGGCGAUGGCAAGAUGAUGGCUGCCCCCGCCUCCGCGAGGCAACUGUCGUGGGCGCAGGUGGAGGCCAUGACGGGAGGCUUCACGUCGGCAGUCGUCGGUGAGGGCGGCUUCAGCACCGUCUACCUGGCGCGCCUCGCCGGCUCCCUCGCCGCCGUCAAGGUCCACCGCAGCAGCGAGCGCCUCCACCGCGCGUUCCGGCAGGAGCUCGACGCCCUCCUCCGCGUGCGCCACCCGCACAUCGUCCGCCUCCUCGCCUUCUGCGACCAGCGAGACGAAGGCGUGCUGGUGCUGGAGUUCGCGCCGAACGGGAACCUGCACGACCAGCUCCACGGCGGCGGCGGCGGCAAGGGCGCCGUGCCGAUGCUGUGGGCGCGGCGGGUGUCGGUCGCGCUGCAGGUGGCCCGCGCCCUCGAGUACCUCCACGACCGGUGCGAGCCGCAGGUAGUGCACGGCGACGUCAAGGCCUCCAACGUCCUGCUCGACGCCGCCAUGGGCGCCAGGCUCUGCGACUUCGGGUCGGCGCGCGCCGGGUUCUCGGCGGCCGUAGCCGGCGCGAGCCCGCGUCCGCGGCCCUCGGCCUCGGCGCGCGCCGUGCUGGGCUCCCCCGGCUACGUGGACCCGCACUACCUCCGCUCCGGCGUCGUCACCAAGAAGAGCGACGUCUACAGCUUCGGCGUGCUGCUGCUGGAGCUGCUCACCGGCGUCCAGGCGUUCUGCGACGGCCGGCUCCUCACGGCGGCCGUCGCGCCGAGGAUCAGCGCGGCAUGCGACGCUGGCGAGCUCGUGGACCAGAGGCUGGGGUGCCGGUACGACGCCGACGAGGCUGCGGCCAUGGUGGCUCUGGCGGCCGCGUGCGUCGGGGAGAACCCGAGCCUCCGGCCGUCGAUGGCCGACGUGGUCCGUGCCCUGGAGCGGAACGGCCGAGCCUCGAUCGCCACCGUCGGGAGACGAUCAGACGGCGGCGGGAAGCUAUAGAUCGUGCGAUAGCUAGCCGUGGCGCGACACGGACGCGUGGUGGUGCCUGGCGUGGCAUGGUCAUGCUGUGUGGGGAAUCGGAUGCUUAGGUGGCGACCAUUGUGUCCGUAGGAUGCGAUUGCCCACCCUAUUGGGUUGGUGAGGAGCAGGCGCUGGUGCUGAAGCCUACCAAGAGAACAGACAUAUGGUUUGUCUGGACAGGGACUUCAGUGGAUGGAGGAGAGAGCUUUGGGAUUGGGAUUGUUCUUUCUCUGUGAUCUUUGUUUCGGUGAUGAGUAUGUAGAGGGCAGUUUUUUAGCUAUAGGUCGGCCAUUAACACACACAAAAAAAAAAUUCCAAGUGCAUUCAGCAGCUGAGGAUGGGCGAAGAGGAUGCAAUUUAUUCUCAAUCCAAGUGUGUAUAUAGUGCAAGUACAUUCGUCUUUCAUGCAUGUCCGGUUGUGUAGUCUUGCUGUGCCUUCCGGCUAGCGCCUGCAAUCAUCACGAAAAUUGUAUAGAUUGUGUACAAAUCUGUUGAGUGGACGAGAGCUUGUUUAUUGUCCUGUCACAAAAA